GCCGAGUAUUUUUGCCGCGGAUGGACUUUGUGGACGCAAACGCGGCCGACUUCUUCGCGUCGCUCAAUUCGUUCGCCGAGCCCGAGCCGGCGCCGCCGGCGAAGAAGCAGAAGAUGGCGCCGUCGUAUGCUGCCCAGCCCAAGGUAGUGGCGACCACGCGGCAGACGGACCCGAAGGAGCUGGCGCUGCCAAUGGAAGACCGCAUCACGAACCUCCUCGUGCCCGACAUGAAGGUCAGCGACAUCAUCCAGCUCAUCAAGAAGAUGAAGCAAGCGGGCAAGAGCGACGCCGACGAAUUCUCGGAGCUCGAUGCCGAGCUCAACGCGGCGCCGCGCUUCGUCUGCGACGCAUGCGGAAAUGCGGAGCAAAACAACUUUAUCACAGACUAUGCGCGCGGCGACACCAUCUGCACGGGUCCCGAUGGCCGGGGCUGCGGCAACGUCGUCCAGGACCACAUUGUGCACGAAGGCAGUGCCUACCGUAAGUUUGAAGGCGAAGAAGACAAGUCGCACCACGGCCCCGCUCCCAACAAGCUCUUCUCGACGGGCCACAACCUGCGCACGAUGAUCUCGCAAGACGGCGAGCAGUCGGCCAACUUGCGCCGCGCCGCCGAAUUCGUCGAGAUGAAUCUCAGUCAAAUGGGCAAGGACGAGCGGCGAACACGUAUCGGGUACAAGGACCAGAUGAAGCAAAAGGCGUGCCGGCUCAUCGACCACACGGGCGCCAACCUCGACCUGCACGAAAUUGUGUGCAAUCGCGCCAAGAAGAUGUUUGCCGAGUUUCGCGACCUGCGCGAACACGUGCACCAGUUCGAGGCCGUCGUCGCCGGCUGCAUCAUUGACGCGUACCUCACCACGGGCAAGGAGAUGUACACGGCGCAGGCUGCUGUCAAAAUUGGGGCCAAGAAGCAAGGCGGCAUUGCGCAGCUGCAGCUGCCGGCGCAUAAGGCCGUCGAUGACAAGAAGCUGCAUCCGUUCAGCUGCGCCAAGUGCGGGCUCAUCUUCAACGCGAAGCGUGGCAUGCAGUUCCACUCGUGCGGCGACGACGACGCGGACAAGAAGACGAACGUGCCGACAACACUGGACCUGAAGCCGCUCGACGUGCCGGAUGAGCUGUUGCCGAUCCGCGAGAUCAAGGACAACAAGGAGUGGUUCCGCUGCCCGCUCUGCCAGCGCAUGUACACCAAGCUCGAGACGGCGAACGAACAUAUGCAGCGCCACAAGAAGCAGAGCGAGAAGCGCAAGGUGCACAUCGAGACGAGCAACAUGGACACGACGCGCCUCUCCAAGACGAGCACGCUCGCCAGCGCCAACCCGUCCGUGCAGGUCAACACGCACGAAAGCGUCCUCUUCCGCGGCAGCGGGCGCCGGCCGUGGCUCAAGCACAUACAGGAGGAGUACGAGAAGCGAACCAAGGACGAGGAAGAGAUGAAGGGCUAAUGUGUCGAUACCGCUAACAGACAGCUCUCUUCUAGCGAUGGCGUGUAUGCGUCCAUGUCGCGUUAAUACACUACUAGUACUACUAUU